AUGAGCACGAUCCUCUUCAACGACAAGCGGUGGACGUCUUUCGACCCCAAGUCAAAGCUAGAGGGCACGGUGUCGCCCGAUGGGCUCACCUUGGCGACCACGUCUGUGGGAGGUACAGACUGGUGGCGCAGCCCCGAACGCAGUCCAAGCAAUGGACCAACGCUGGGAUUCACGCGGUCAAGUGCCGACUCGUUUGAGGUCUCUGUCAUUGUCGGGAUCGAUCCCCAGCAGCAAUUGUGUCUGUUCCUCCGAGUGUCGCCCACGUGCUGGGUCAAGACAGGGUUGGAGUUCGAUGAGGAUGUUCUCUGGAACUCGGUGGUCGUGGUCAACCCGUACUCUGACUGGUCCAAGGUGAAGCGUGGUCCUGCCGAACACAACCGCUUCACCAUUGCGUACACUCCAGGACUCGUAAAGGUCUACCUGGGCCCUGACAUGAUCCGCCAGGUCAAGUGGUUUGGCCCAACAGUAGACAACGAUGCCAGCCGCGAUCACACCGCCGGCGAGGUGUUCGUCGGCAUCAUGACGUGCAGUCCCAAGGAGGGUGGAGCACGGAUGAGCUUUAGGGAGUUCACGAUGCGUGAUGGAGUUCGCACAAAGUAG